CCCUCGAUGAUUUAAUGGAAGUAAAGCGACUCAAAUCCAUCAACAUCAGAUGGGAACGCUACUUUCCAUUACAUGACGAUGUCACACAAUGCAAAAACUGCUUCCGGUUUGGACACGGGAAAAAUAAUUGUUCAAUGAAGGCUCGAUGCAUGAAGUGUGGAGAUGAACACUUGUCAAAUCAGUGCUCUAAAGAACUGGGAAACCAAAGAAUCUGCGCCAAUUGCCAGGGAAAUCACAGCCCUCUCAAUCACAACUGCAAAUCCAGGCGUGAUUUUAUCGAGAAUCGAGAUGCCAAAAAAUAUCGAUCAGGAACUACCCGUUACAUCCCUGCUCCAGCGCCCACUACAUCUGCAUGGAGCUCAAGACUAAACUGGACUGCACCUCAAUCUGCACCAACUACAGACACACCAGUCACAAUACUACCACAACCAACGUUGCACACGUUGCAACAUCAGCCGCAAGCUCAACAAACGUUACAGAUGCAGCAGCCACUGAUGGUACAACAACAACAAUUGUUGUUCCAACAUAUCAUACAUCCACUCCAACAGCAGGUGGAACAACUACAACAGCAGAUCAACGUGCUGCAGCAACAAAUUCUGCAACAACAUCAGCAGGUUCAAAUAUCAUUACCACAGGAGCAACCGGUGCUCCAACAAAUCUCAAUGGUACAAAUGCAACACAGUGAGGAAAUACAAGGUCAGUUACCUGGGCAACAACAUAAAAUAACACAACAUCAACAACUGCAGCAACAUCAGUCGCUGCCUCGCAAACAACAUAGCCAAAAGAAGCCACAGCCUAACGUUUCAGAGAUGAAGCCCCAACACUCACAACCAACUUGUUCUGGUCCAUCGGCAGAAGCAAUGGAAAUCCAAAAUGAGACGAUUAAAACAUCGACCAGGCAACCAGCCCAAGACAAGCUCAACCGAUUGCGAGAGCAACUUUCUGUAGAGGAAACAGCUCCAGAUAUGAUCCUUUUCACUACCAUCACACGGUUUUGGAAACGCUAUCAAAGCAAGAUUAAACAUCUCCCUCGCGAUCAGCAAAUAACUACGCUGGUCCAAUUGAUAAUGGAAGCGCUUCCCAAUGGAUAUUAAUACCGCUACCUGGAACGCCCGCUCCAUCUUUAGAAAAAAGCUGGAGUUCAUAAAUUUUCUUGAAGAGGAAAAGAUUGAUGUGAUAGCCGUAACUGAAACGCAUUUGCAACCACAUAUGAGCUUCAACCUCCCUAA